AUGAACGCCUUCCGGCAGCCGCGCGCCAGCAGCUGGCGGCGGGCAGCCACCAUCCUACUGGCGGCCGGCUGGGUGCACCCAAGCCCCGCCGCCCCGUCUCUGCCCCCCGAGGGCUUCCGGCUGCUGCUGCUGCAGCGCUCCGGGAACCUAGGCUUCUUGCCCGGGGCGCACGUCUUCCCGGGCGGCGUGCAGAACACGGCAGACUGUUCGGCAGACUGGCUGCGCCUCUUCGCGCCGCACCACGGGCCGCCGCUCUUCGGCCUGGGCCCCGCACGGUCGCGGCCGGCCUCCUUCCCGGGGCUGCCCGACGUCGCCGCCGCCGACGACGCCGCCGCGCUGCCGGAUGACGUAGCCGCCCGCAUCUGCGCCAUCCGCGAGACCUUCGAGGAGGUGGGCGUGCUGCUGCUGCGGCCCCGGGGCGCCCUCCCCGCCGCGCGCGAGCUGGGCCGGGCCCUCGCGCCGCCACCGGGCCUGGACGCCUGGCGCGACCGCGUCCGCCGCGACCCGCGCCACUUCCUGAGCCUGUGUGCGCACCUCGACUGCACGCCCGACAUCUGGGCGCUGCAUGACUGGGGCGGCUGGCUCACGCCGUUUUCGCACCGCGGCAAGCGCCGCUUCAACACAGCCUUCUUCUUGUGCUGCCUGAGCGAGCCGCCGCAGGUCUACCCAGACUUGACCGAGGUGGUGAGCUUCCAGUGGUCAUCUCCAUCAGAGGCAACUGAGAGUUUCAUAUCAAAGGAAAUUUGGUUUGCACCUCCACAAUUUUAUGAAAUAAGAAGACUGGGAAACUUUGCCUCUCUCUCUGACUUGCACAAAUUUUGUUUGGACGGUGCAUCAGAAGGAAUGGAAAGAUGGCUGCCGAUCACAUUUUUAACUGCUGAUGCAACGCUCCAGCUUUUACCAGGAGAUGAGCUGUACUUAGAAGAUUCAGAAUUUUUAGAAAAUGUUAUGUCCUCUGAAAAAAAGACUGAAGAAAUCAUGAAGGAAGGCAAGAUAUUUCACCGACUAGUGUUACACAGCCACCAUGUAUAUAAUCUCCACGUGACUAUCCAUUCGAAGUAUAAACAGGUUUAUCCUAAGACCUAUGUAAUAAGUAAGAGCCGUUUGUAG